AUGAGGACACUGUUGGCGCCCAGCGGGGCAUGGCGUCUGAGCAAGGCGGGCAUCGGCUGGCGGCCAGUGCUGGGUCCUGGGCUGGGGCCGAGAGCCAGGGCAGGCAGGGCCACUUUCUGCAGCUCGCUGGCCGCGACGACGGCGCAGGCGCCAGCGAGGCCCGUGGGGAGUGGCGGCGCAGCCCGGUGGGUGGAGACCGUUGCCCGGGCCCUGGCCCGCACUCAACCGGAGCGAUGCUUUCUUUCCGCGCUCGGGGAGCUGGUGCAGUGGCUGGGCUUCGCUCCCCUCGAGGUCUUCGUGCACCUGAUGGCCCUGUCGGUGUUCUCCGUGCUGCUGGCCCUGUGUGUGGACGGCCUGGCUUCUGGCCUCUCCUGGUGGAACGUGUUCAUGUCCUUCUUUGCCGCUGACCGGCUCAGCACCAACUUCACCACUGUUGUCUCCGUGCGCCUCUUCCAGGACGGAGAGAAGCGGCUGGCCGCGUUCCGCCUUUUCUGGAUACUCACGGUUCUUAGCCUGAAGUUCGUCUUCGAGAUGUUGUUGUGCCAGAAGCUGGUGGAGCAGACUCGGGAGCUCUGGUUCGGCCUGAUCACGUCUCCGGUCUUCAUUCUCCUGCAGCUGCUCAUGGUCCCUGCCUGCCGGUCAACUAGGCUCGCAGAAGAAAAGCUAGAAUGCGGGACCCCACGCUGA